AUGGAUUGGUCGUCGCUCCCGGCGGGUCUCCUGUUCGCCGUGUUCGUCCGCCUCCCCUGCGACGGCGACCGCGUCCGCUUCGGCGCCGUGUGCGCCGGGUGGGGCGCCGCGGCCGCGUCGUGGCGCCCGCGCCCCUGGCUCGUCGGCUCACGCACCGACCGGUUCGGCCGCGGCGCUGCCAUGUCGUCGUUCUGGCUCUCCCCCCGCGGCGGCGGCGGCGGCCUCGUCCCGUUCGCCGCCGCCGUGCCGACCGGAUUCGAGUACCUGUCGUCGUCGUCGCAUGGGUACCUCGCGCUCUCCGACCCUAUGGCGGCCCCCAAGGCGGUCGCGCUCGUCAACCCCGUCACCGGCCGGCGCAUCCGGCUGCCCCCGAUCGGGUUCUUCAAGAAGUGGCAUGACGUGGCCACCGUCGUGCUGUCGGAUGACCCGGACACCGCCGACGAGUGGGCCGUCGUGGCCGUCGGGUUCCCGACCAACUGCCUCGCGUACUACAGCUCCGCUACCGGCGCGUGGACGCCGCUCCGGUUCAACGCGGCCGGCUACGCCGGCGUCGAGCACUACAAGGGGCGGUUCUACGUCGCCUUCAAGUCGCAGCUCUGCGUCUGCGACGUCGAGUCGGCCAUCCCCGCGGUCAUACCGCUCGAGCAUAUCGACGGCGAGAACGUCACCGGCAGGGGAGUCGUCGUCGAGACCCACCUUGUCCAGUGCGACGGCGAGCUGCUGCUCGUGUCGGUGCACGACAACUUGGAGUACAGCUCCGGGAACUCCACAAUCUUGGACAACGACGGCGACGGCGGCGACCAUGACGGUAACAGCGAAAGCACCGGUGGCCACGGGCGCGUGGUCGAGGUGCUCAGGGUGGAGUGGCUGGACGGAGGCGCGGUGCGGCUGGUGCGGGAGGAGGAGCUCCGCUCUCACGCCCUGUUCCUGGGGCGGAACCGCGCGUUCGCGCUCUCGCCGGCGGAGUUCCCGGCGUGCCGGCCCAGCUGCGCCUACCUCGUCGACCAGCAGGGCCACCCCGACGGUCGCGUCAGGGUGGUGGACUUGAGGCCGGAGAGACGGUGGGAGUCCGAGGAGGAGGCCAUGAUAUCGAACAAGUGGGCUCGCCGGGAUGAGACCAUCUACCCGGACGACGGCCGGCGAGGUGGCCCGUCGGCAGGUUGGGCUCGCCGUGGUUGGUUCUUCCCCACGUACUAGAGGACAUCAAGACUUCAGCUUCUCUAUAACAUCAUUUAUCAUUGCUAGAAAGGAAAAGUAU